CGACGACUUGUACACACGAUCGAAUUUACAGCUCUCGUAAUACAAAAAAAAUCAUCGUCGUCGUCAUUACGAUUCUCAGGCCAUAUAGUAAUACGUGUACGCAACGCAACCCUGUGCCGCUGUGCUGGACGUGACGAUGCUACUAUACGUGAGCUAACAAUAGAACGGCAGCAGCAGCGAACCGCCAGCUACGAGUGAGAGAGCGAGUAACCUCAACCUCGCGCGACUGCCUCAGGCGCACACGGUAUUUUAAAUACCUUAUAUCGCGAUUCAAGUGUUACACCUACUUGUGUAUGUCAGUUCGUCUCGGCUGAAUAUCCGUGUGUGUGGUGCCGCGCGUUGUGUUAUCAAACAAGACUCGUAUCGUGUGUUACGGCGAAAAAAAAUGCAACUGUCGAAGAUCUUCUGCUCGCGACUCGGGUGCAUCGCCCUGCUGAUGUUGUGCUGCAGCUCGCUCGAUUACGCGUCCGCGGCCUCGGCGCAUAUUCACACGCAGCAUGGCAAGGGCGGCUCCAAGGAGCGCACCGAGGACGGGGCCUUCAGCCCCCGAGACAGCGGACACUAUCAGGACGGCGAGCAUCACAACGAGUUCGAUCACGAGGCCAUACUCGGUAGCGUUAGAGAAGCAGAGGAGUUUGAUAAACUUCCAAUUGAAGAAUCAAAAAGAAGACUGAAAGUUUUGCUGACUAAAAUGGACUUGAAUUUGGAUCAAUUUAUUGAACGAAAUGAGUUAAAGGCAUGGAUUUUGAGAUCUUUUAAAAUGCUAUCCGACGAGGAAUCAAAAGAUCGAUUAGAAGAUGCUGAUUCCGAUGAAGAUGGCAGAGUUACUUGGGAUGAAAUUCUUCAAGAUACUUAUGGCACAGAUCCUGAAGACUUAGCUAUUGAAGAUAAAGCAAUACAAAAUGACAAAGAUACAUUUGAUGUGGCGGAUCUCAAUCAAGAUGGGUACUUGAAUCCAAUUGAAUUUAAAGCAUAUACUCAUCCAGAGGAAGAACCCAGAAUGAUGGAUAUCAUUAUGAAACAAGCAAUGGAAGAUUAUGACAAAGAUGGUGACUCCUACGUAAGUUUUCAAGAAUUUUUAGGUGCUAGAGCAGAAAGCCACGAUAAGGAGUGGUUACUUGUGGAAAAAGAAAAAUUUGAUAAUGAAUAUGAUAAAGAUAAAGAUGGUAAAUUAAACCAAAAUGAGAUGAAAGCAUGGCUUAUCCCAAGCAAUGAAGAUAUUGCUGAUGAUGAAGUAGAGCAUCUAUUUGCUGCAUCAGAUGAUGAUCACGAUAAUCGAUUAUCAUUUGAAGAAAUUCUAGAACAUCAUGAUGUCUUUGUUGGCAGUGAGGCUACUGAUUAUGGAGAUCAUCUACAAGAAAUACACCGUUUUGAGGAUGAACUCUGAGAUGCAGUCAUAAAACCUAAAUUUUGGGUGUUCUCCAGUUUUUAUAAGAUCCCUAGGAAGAAAUUGUACAUGAAAGCUCUUUUAAUAUUUUUUGAUGCCUAUGUGUGUUCUUUUAUUUUUCAUGGUUUUUUACUUCUCUAUGUAUAACAUUAAUAGAACUUGAGUGACAUACCAUUGAAAAAUUGAGAAAGUUAAAAAAAAAAUUACUUAAAUGCCAAAUAUUAAAACAACCUCUUGCAGUAAAAUUUCAUUAAUAUUGAGUCAGUAAUUGAUAGUCAUUGACUUUUUCAUUUUAAUAAGAUUCUUGACUUUAUAAAAAAAACUGUGAUGGUUGAUGAUGUUGAUAUUUUCAUAAUUUUUUUAAUUCAUGACAUCUGCUCUGUACAAGCAUUUUUCAUAGAUGAUACAAUUUUUGUACUAUAACUUCACUUAUUAAGUCUAUGCCCAAGACAAAAUCUAGCAUAUUUUAAAAUCUCUUAAAAUCCAUGACAUAUCCUACACUUCAAUCAACAGAAUUUGAAAAGGCUGCUUGUAGUAUUUUCAAAGCAACUGACUGAAGAAUUUUUAAUGAUAUCUAGUUUUUGUCCAUGGCACAGAAAUAAUAUUAGCAACUUGUCAAUAGUAAACUUUUAAAAUAAGUUCAAGAGUAUUUACUGUUUUACAGUUCUGUCUCUUAGUAGUGCCAUACUAUUAUUUUGUGAUUGUAUUGCUUUUCAGAAUAACUAACAACUAUACGUAGUAUUUGUCAAGUAUUAAUUACUACUUUGAUAUGAAAAUAAAAUUGAAAAUUGUGAACACGUCAAA